AUGCCGUCGUUGCGUAGGAGGGAGACGAAGCUUGCGCAAAAGAAGGCACACCCAUGGCAGCAUUUGGGUAUAACGCUCGGGCUACCCAUGAUUUUGCUGUUCGAUCUUGUAGUACCUUGCAUCAUUUACUACGUCUGGUUCGACCAUCAUCGACGAAAACGAGACAGGCAUGAGCUGGAGAUCCCCCAGCUAUACCUGUACUCGCCCAGCUUCAUCAUGGCUUUCCUUGGCGCGCUCAUGGUCUUGACCACUUUGGUGCCUAUCAAAAUUCCAAUUGGCAUCAACUCUCAUGCGCGAGGUUCGAGGAUCCGACCAUUCAUCUACUACGCCGCAGAAGACUUCAUCGCAGUCGACGGACUUCAGGAUCGAGAAUUCCGGGUCCGGUACAACGAUCGGUAUGAGACCAAUCGAAGAUUCAGGCGCUUCUUCGUGUACCUGACCUUGUUCUGGAUAUGGGGUGUGAUCGUGUACAUCGGAUGUGCAAGCGCCAUCAUCUGGAACCUGGAAUUCCAUUAUGCAUUUGGCUUGAUAUUUGGAAUAUUGUUUACUUGGAUUUUCGUGUGGGCCGGGAUGACAGCCAUCUGGGUCAAACGGGAAAUGAAGGCGGAGCAUGAGGAGUAUGAGAAGGACGAGGUUGAAGCAUAA